AUGGCGGCUGCCAACCUUCGAAUUCCACCAUUUCGCGCACGCAAGACCAAGCUUCAGCCGUCUCAAUGCGGCAUGGCAGACAGAAAUCCUCAGUCCAUCAUGGACGGUAUUUAG